CCGCGGCGGCGAGGAGAGGGCGGGGCCGGGGGCCGGGCUUCCCGGGGGAGGGCCGGGCGCGCUCCGGGAGGCGGCGGCCCCGGCCCGAGAGCGGCAGGACUCUGGCCGGAGCGUGGCCGGACCCCCACCCUCCGAGACGCCCAGGGAGGACGCGCUUCAAGGCAGAAUCACGGUUGAAGCUUUAAGAGUUGGACGCCCAGGUCCCUGAAGUGAUCUGUAGGCCCCCCGCCCCAGUCCGCCACCAUUCCGUGCUGCAGGGACACCAUGGCCCCAGAGGAAGACGCUGGAGGGGAGGCCCUAGAGGGCAGUUUCUGGGAGGCUGGCAACUACAGGAGGACCGUGCAGCGGGUGGAGGACGGGCAUCGGCUAUGUGGGGAUCUGAUCAGCUGUUUCCAGGAGCGCGCCCGCAUCGAGAAGGCCUAUGCCCAGCAGCUGGCUGAUUGGGCCCGCAAGUGGAGGGGCACCGUGGAAAAGGGCCCCCAGUACGGCACGCUGGAGAAGGCCUGGCACGCCUUCUUCACGGCAGCUGAGAGGCUGAGUGCGCUGCACCUGGAGGUGCGGGAGAAGCUUCAGGGGCAGGACAGCGAGCGGGUGCGCUCCUGGCAGCGGGGGGCCUUCCACCGGCCAGUGCUGGGUGGCUUCCGCGAGAGCCGGGCCGCCGAGGAUGGCUUCCGCAAGGCCCAGAAGCCCUGGCUAAAGAGACUGAAGGAGGUUGAGGCGUCUAAGAAGAGCUACCAUGCGGCCCGGAAGGAGGAGAAGACAGCCCAGACUCGGGAGAGCCACGCAAAGGCAGACAGCGCCGUCUCCCAGGAGCAGCUGCGCAAGCUGCAGGAGCGGGUGGAACGUGGCACCAAGGAGGCUGAGAAGAUGAAAACCCAGUAUGAGCAGACGCUGGCGGAGCUGCAUCGCUACACCCCGCGCUACAUGGAAGAUAUGGAGCAGGCCUUCGAAACCUGCCAGGCCGCGGAGCGCCAGCGGCUUCUGUUCUUCAAGGAUAUGCUGCUUACCUUACACCAGCACCUCGACCUCUCCAGCAGUGAGAGGUUCCAGGAACUCCACCGAGACCUGCAUCAGGGCAUCGAGGCAGCCAGUGACGAAGAGGAUCUGCGCUGGUGGCGCAGCACCCACGGGCCAGGCAUGGCCAUGAACUGGCCACAGUUUGAGGAGUGGUCCUUGGAUACACAGAGGACGAUUAGCAGGAAGGAGAAGGGUGGCCGGAGCCCUGAUGAGGUUACUCUGACCAGCAUCGUGCCCACGAGAGAUGGCGCUGCACCCCCACCCCAGUCCCUGGGGUCUGCAGGCGGUGGGCAGGAUGAGGAGUGGUCAGAUGAAGAGAACACUCGGAAGGCUGCCACAGGGGUGCGGGUGCGGGCACUCUAUGACUACGCUGGCCAGGAAGCUGAUGAGCUGAGCUUCCGAGCAGGGGAGGAGCUGCUGAAGAUGAGCGAGGAGGAUGAGCAGGGCUGGUGCCAGGGCCAGUUGCAGAGUGGCCGCAUUGGUCUGUACCCUGCCAAUUACGUGGAGUGUGUGGGGGCCUGAUCUGCCUUGACAGACCUUCUGCAGCGUUUCCUGCGUCAGAGCCCAGCUUCUCUUGGACAGCCGACCCGAGGACCCUGGACCAUGGUGCCCCCUGCUGCCCUUCUGUCCCUUGAGGAGGAAGGAAGUCCUGGGUCCCAGGGAGGGGACUGCAUCUAGGAAGGGACUGGUAGGGAAGGGCCAACUGAGUCUAGCCUGAGGGGAAGAUAGGGAGGUCAGGAGGUGACAGAAGGGCUCAGGGGUGCCUGGGCCUCUCCAGGAAUGCAUGGGUCUCCCCAGGAGCCGUGGACCCAGUUCCUGGUCUCAGUGUUUUGGGAUUCCUGGGGUGGUCUUGGGGUGGUGAGUGUAGUUCUGGGCUAGGAGCACUCUCCUGUGACUUGUUUUAGUGUGUAUUAAAGUUGGAGAAAAAAAAAAAAAA